AUGUCCAGCCGCAAAGCAAUGUCUGGUCUCGGGUCAGUCAAGCGCGACUGGUCCCAGUCAUCUCUGCCUGCAUCGUCCCAGGAAGUCCCCAUUCCCUGGGAGCCGUCGCCGCCUCGACAACAACCACAGAAACGCCCCAUGACCGACGCUGAAAAACGUCUCGCAAACAUCCAAGCCGCCUUGCAAUCAGUCCAGAGUAACAAGCCACCUGCACCUUUGCAGACAUCUGAAGCCGCUAACAGGCGACCCAAACGCCCCAGUCUCGAAGAUGCCGACGCCCCACCCUCGAAGAAGAGGCAACUACCUGCCAGUUGGGCCCAGAGCAAUUCAGGUUUUGGCAAGGACUCGAUUGCUGCUCCCCAGACGAGUGGCAGGAGCAGUAAACCGCCGUCCUCAAAGGGUCGUGUGAUUACCCCCUCGUCAUCGGGUAGCUCUAUCUUCAACAACAACUCCAAGAAGGGCGUGGCAGCUGUGUUUUUGAGUCAGGAGCAGCUGCACAUCUUGAAACUCGUUCAAGAAGGGCAUAGCGUUUUCUACACCGGUAGUGCCGGAACCGGAAAGUCGGUUUUGUUGCGCGAAAUCAUCAAAGUUUUAAAUGACAAGUACAAGCGCGGGUCUGGUGCUGUGGCCAUCACAGCAUCGACAGGUAUCGCUGCCUGCAACAUUGGUGGCACCACCAUUCAUUCCUUCGCCGGUAUUGGUCUUGGAAUUGAGCCCGCCGAGCAACUCGCCACGAAGAUCAGGAGGACGAACAGGAAGGCUUUUACGCGUUGGACACGGACCAAGGUGUUAAUCAUCGAUGAAAUUUCCAUGGUCGAGGGCGACCUCUUCGACAAGUUGGCAAAGAUCGGAUCGAUACUGAGGGGCAAACCCGAGCCAUUUGGUGGGAUACAGGUCAUCGUCACAGGCGAUUUCUUCCAACUUCCUCCCGUUACCAAGUCGAGCAGCGUGAAGUUUGCUUUCGAGGCGGAGACUUGGUCUACGACGCUGAAGCACACAUUCAAUCUCACCAAAGUCUUCCGUCAGCGAGAUCAGACUUUUGUGGACAUGCUUAACGAAAUGAGAUUCGGAACUCUAUCUCAGAAAUCCAUUGCCAAGUUCUACCAACUGGCCAGGCCCCUCCACUUUGAGGACGGUGUAGAAUCGACUGAAUUGUUCCCCAUUCGGGAUCAGGUAGACGCUUCCAAUCACACCCGGAUGUCUCGUCUUCAAACAGAGGAAGAAGUUUACCGGGCGCACGACAGCGGCACCAUGCCGAUGGGGAGUUCGCGAACUAAGUUGCUGGCUUCCUUCAUGGUGCCCGGCGAGAUGCGCUUGCGCAUCGGCGCUCAAGUCAUGUUGGUUAAGAAUUACGAUGAAAUCUUGGUGAACGGCACUCUCGGGAAGGUGGUGGACUUCGUCGAUCCCGACAAAUUGGGCGAUGAACUGGCCAGCUACACUAUCCUUGGAGGCACAAGUACCAGCCCGACUGGUACUUUGACCGUGAAGAAAAUGCUGGGAGCCAAGCGCUACCCGGUAGUUGAUUUCUACACCCCCAAGAUCACUCGUCGCCGGGUCCUGGUUCUUCAAGAUUCGUGGAAGUCGGAAUUGCCCACCGGUGAAGUCCAACUUUCCCGGGUGCAGCUGCCACUUAUUCUUGCAUGGGCAAUGAGCAUUCACAAGUCGCAGGGACAAACCCUUGAGCGUGUCAAGGUCGACUUGGACAAGGUCUUCGAAAAAGGCCAAGCCUACGUUGCCUUGUCACGAGCCACUUCGCUAGAAGGUCUCCAAGUCAUCAACUUCCGCCCGGAAAAGGUUCAAGCCCACUCCAAGGUCCUUGCAUGGAGCAAGACCCUUAAGACAGUCACGGACACUCAGAACACCCCGUAGAUCGUAUAUUCUAUUCCUGCCUCCCCCAUACCUUGCACAUUACCUUUUCUACUGUAGACAUGUAUCAUAGUUUUACUUCACAUCGCACAUAUUGUUGGUGGCUGUAAUCUACUUGGUUUCAGUCC